CCGUCUUAACUGUCCAGCUUUAUAAAAGAAAGUUUAAUAUCUAUCCGGAGGUUAGCUUCCAGGCGUUUGAGUUGUAACUUAAUGAAAUGAAAAUAUUGGGAUAAAUCUAAAAUUUACAUGGUUAAUCUAACAUACGCAUUUCUUUUUUACUUGGUGUUUUUAAGCUGUAAGGAAUAAGUAAAUAAGGAGGAGGAAUGUUGGUCGUCUUGUUUGCUAAUAGCACGUUUAGCUAAUUCACCAGUAUUUACAUAGAUGCGCUGUGUUUGAAGUAGCUGUCUAUUUUUUCUUAAAAGAUUUAAUCUAAAUGGAAGAAAUCAAGGAGAAUAUUCAUACCAAGGACGUCAACGUGAAGAUGUCUAACGAAAAAGAAGAUAAAAAGGAAAAACCUUGCAGCAGAAUAUGUCCUGCGGAAGAAUCUGCUUCAGAGGUUCCCCCAUCUCAGUCAAAUGGUGACUUCAGUCAUCCAGUUUAUAAAGAGAUAGCUUUGGCCAAUGGACACAUUAACCGCAUGUCCAGAGAUGAGCUGAGAAUCAAAUUAGCAGAGCUGAAGCUUGACACGAGAGGAGUGAAGGAUGUAAUGAAGAAGAGGUUGAAGAACCACUACAAGAAGCAGAAGUUGAUGCAGUCUGCAGCAGAGGGAGGGCCCACUGACACCUAUUAUGACUAUAUCUGUGUGGUGGACUUUGAAGCAACUUGUGAAGAGGAAAAUCCCACAGGCUUCCUUCAUGAAAUUAUAGAGUUCCCCAUGGUCCUCAUCAACACGCACACCUUAGAGAUUGUGGACACCUUUCAAGCCUAUGUGAAACCACAGCUGAACCCACAGCUUUCAGACUUCUGCGUGAAGUUAACAGGAAUCACUCAGAAAACUGUGGAUGAAUCGGAUCCAUUUCCAGAAGUCCUACAGCUUGUGGUGGCUUGGCUUCAGGAGCGGGAGCUCGGAACAAAAUACAAAUACGCCAUUUUGACUGAUGGAGCAUGGGAUAUGAGUAAGUUCCUGAACAUCCAGUGUCGGAUUAGCCGGAUCAGAUAUCCUCAGUUUGCAAAGAAGUGGAUCAACAUAAGAAAAUCUUAUGGUAACUUCUACAAGGUGCCCCGCACACAGACAAAGCUGAGCACCAUGCUGGAGAAGCUUGGUAUGAAGUACCAAGGCCGUCCUCACUGUGGGCUGGAUGAUUCGCGCAACAUCGCUAGGAUCGCUAUACGGAUGCUUCAGGAUGGAUGCCAGCUGCGCGCCAAUGAGCGCAUGCAUGGCGGUCAACUGCUCUCGGUUCCCAGCUCCGCACCAGUGGAAGGAGCUCCACCACCGCAUAAUCCCAGCAGCAGAGACUAGAGCCAGAAACGCAGGCUCAGCUACACCAUCCUCAAAAUCUGUCUUCGCCCCAUGAGUUGCAGGGAAAAAAGCACUUUAAGUGGAGCUUAGAGCUGUAAAUGGGGUCAGUGUUUAGAUUUCAGGUUGUGAGGGUUCCACCCUGACCAUCUACUUUUACACCAGAUGACUAUAAACAAAUCAUUCCUGUGUGUUAAGGGGAGAUCUUCAACAGCUUCUGUUUAAACUACUUAACCGAGCCUUAUUGAGCUGCUAAUAUUCCAGGUGGCCUCUUUUAAAUGGUCCGUGAUGGUAUAACUUCAGUAAAUUGAUUUUAUUCUCACCCUGCAACCCCUGAAUUGAACAAGUGGGUGUAGAAAGUGGAUGGUUUACUCUUGUUUUUAUGUUAAGAUAAAUAAAAAGAUCUGUAGCCUCACCUUCACAACUACAUGACAGCAGUGCUGCUGCAGUGCUCUUUUUACUUCCACAUAAAGCUGUAAUAGGUUUGAAGCAGUUCUGUAGACUUGUGAUUGUAUUGUUAAAUCUUGAGCUUGUGGGGUAACUUCGUAAAUAAUUUUUACAAAAGGAUAACAGACUUGGCAUACCACUGCGAAAAAGAUUUUCCAUGUAAAAUUACAGUGCCAAUUAAACCCAUGUAUGUAGUUUGGUCCGCUUUGGUUUAGAUGUUUAUUCUUUAUGUCAGUGAGGGUGAUCUAUUUUAGCAGAAAUUAUGGCUUUGAAUGCUUAUUUCAAAUAAAAUAUGUUCUCUGUU